CAAAAUUCAAAUUCAAAGGCAAAAACCCUUCUCCUCCUCUUAAAAACUCCUUCGUAAAAAUUAGAAAUGUUGCGAUUGUGAGUGGCCUGGGCGCAAGGCUUUCUCCGUUCCAACCGCGCCUCCAAAACUCCCCCCUAACCGUAGGGCGGGCUGCGCGCGCAUCGUCCGCCAUUUCUGUCUGCAGUUGUCCUCAGCGCGGCUUACUCGCGCCAUGCACUCACGCAUUACAUAAUACAUUAAAAAAAACAAUCCCACCAUUUCUCUAUGACUCUGUGAAGUGACCAUCGAUUAGUGUGUGUUUUUUGUGCGCGCGGACCAUGGAACUUUUUUAAUCGCAUACGCGCAAUGAAACGCAGGCGCACCUAGCAUGCUGUACACCACGCGGCUGCUCUGGCAGCUGCCGCUCCUCACCACAACCCUCGCCUUUAUCCUCGACAAGCAGAACCCAUACUCGCAGUUCCGCAAAUGGAACGCGGCACUCAACGGCACGCUCGAACUUGAGUUCAAAACUGACCAGCCAAACGGUCUGAUUUUGUACACCGAUGAUGGUGGCACUUAUGACUUUUUCGAGCUGAAGCUGGUGAAUGGGGCAGUGAGGCUGAGGUACAAUUUGGGGGGCGGCGCGCAGAUUAUCACGGUGGGGAGUAAUCUGAAUAAUGGACAGUGGCAUAAGUUGCAAGUGGCUCGCCGCGACGAGCACACAACACUGUCCGUGGACGGAGUUACCCGCGGCGCCAUUUCCCGCGGCAAGGAGUUCGCGUUCGGCAAGUUCGGCACCAACUCCGAUGUGUUCGUGGGGGGGAUACCGCCUUCAUACAACUCGAAGCUCACCACGUUGGCGCUGCCUUCAGUGAUCUUCGAGCCCAAGUUCCGAGGGUCCAUCAGGAACCUGGUGUAUUCCGACGUGGUGGGACAGCCACCGCGGCGCCAGGAAUUAAGGCACUCCAGGGAUUUGAAGUCAUCCCGGAUCGGCAACGCCAGCGGCGACGCAUGCGAACGGCGGGAUCCAUGCCAACAUGGCGGCGUCUGCAUCAGCACUGAUGAUGGCCCGGUCUGCGAGUGCAGAGAUGAAGAUUAUGAGGGCGCCUUCUGCGAAAGAGAUAAAGCACCUUCAGAGGCGACGUUCCGCGGCGCGGAGUUCCUCUCGUACGACCUGACACAGACCGGGGGCGAGCCGAUAGUCAGCACGCAGGACACCAUCUCGCUGUACUUCAAGACGAGGCAGCCGAAUGGGCUGCUCUUCUACACUGGUCAUGAAGCCGACUACCUAAACCUGGCAGUACGUGAUGGUGGCGUCUCCCUGACUAUGGGCCUUGGGAACGGCAAGCAGGAGAUGCACAUCAAACCAUCGAAGACCAGGUUCGAUGAUCAUCAGUGGCACAAGCUGACGGUGCAUCGGAGAAUACAGGAGAUCACCCCUAUGACGAGCUUCUGUAGGGUCUCAGCAGUGGUGGAUGACGUAUACACAGAGCAUUCCCACGUGGCUGGCUCUUUCACCAUGUUGGCAAGUUCCAGGGCCCAUGUGGGGGGCUCUCUUAAUGCGCGAGCACUGCCUGGAGCCAGGGUCCACACGAAUUUCAUAGGCUGCUUGAAGAAGGUGGAGUUCUCAGCAGACACCCUCCGUCUGAACCUCAUAGACCUCGCCAGGACCGGAAGCAAGCUUAUCACCGUCACCGGACGGUUAGAGUACGCCUGUACAGCCACCGACUCGGCUGAUCCAGUCACCUUUACCACCAGGGAUGCGCACUUGAUCUUGCCAAAAUGGGAAGCAGUGAAAACCGGAACAAUAUCAUUCAAAUUUAGAACGAAUGAACCAAACGGUCUCAUUCUCUUCAACAUGGGCGCCAAGCCACCAAGGGUAGGUUGCACGGCGGAUCUGUUCGCCGUGGAGAUGCUGAACGGGUACAUCUACGUGCACAUGGACCUGGGAUCUGGGGGGGUGAGGGUGCGAGCGUCGAGGAGGAGGGUGGAUGACUCGCACUGGCAUGAGUUCUUGUUGAGGAGGACUGGGAGGGACGGGAGGGUUACGGUGGACGGCGCUAAUGCAGAGUUUAAGACGCCUGGAGAGUCAAACCAACUGGAGCUCGAUGGCCCCCUCUUUGUCGGCGGCCUUGGUUCGGAGUACUCCGCAGCCAAGACACCCCCAGUGUUGUGGACUGCAGCGUUAAGGCAGGGCUUCGUCGGCUGCGUGAGGGACUUGGUGCUGAACGGCAAGCCCCAAGAUCUAACGGCAUAUGCAAGGCAACAGGACUCUGCAUCCGUGCGUCCCGCAUGCCAUGUGCUGAUGAAGCAAUGCGUCAACUCCCCGUGCCAACACGGCGGCGUCUGUUCAGAGGGCUGGAACCGACCUCUGUGCGAUUGUUCCUCUACUAAUUAUGGCGGGCCAACCUGUGGGCGAGAAUCAGCAACGAUAUACCUAAACGGCAGCCAGCAUCUCACGGCGGCACUUGGACCAGAACACGUCACGCAAACCGAAGAGCUGAUGCUUCGCUUCAAGACCAGCAAAGCGGGCCUGCUGCUGCGGACGGCGUCAGAGCAUUCCGCGGAUCGAAUAGAGCUGGUAGUCGCUGCAGGGAGGGUACGAGCCAAUGUGCGGCUAGGAGACAGGGAAAAGAAUCUCCUAGCAGGCUCAAACGUGGCUGAUGACAACUGGCACACGGUUCGUUUCUCGCGCCGCGCCUCCAACCUUAAGCUCCAGGUGGACGGAGCGCAGCCCGUGCGCGGUAUGUUAUCUGAAACGAUUUUAGGUAAAGCCUCGACUUUGGAAAUAUCAACGCUCCAUUUAGGUGGCAUGUAUCAUCCUGAAGAAGAAAUCCAAAUGACGUCAACUUUGCCCAACUUCGUUGGUUAUCUACAAAAGUUUGUCUUCAAUGGCAUGAAGUAUAUAGACUUAGCUAAAGCCAUUGGAAUGGGCAGCGAUGGAAACAACAACAACAUUAAUCAGCUAGAUUCUAAUAUAAUAUUUACUGGGUCAUUUGUCAAACCUGAUUCUUUGAAUGUAUACAAAGCUGUGACAUUUAAAUCGAAGCAUACCUACGUAGGUUUGCCGCUACUGAAAGCUUAUGGGAAUACAUAUUUAGAUUUUUACUUCCGUACAACAGAGAUGGAUGGAUUGUUGUUCUAUAAUGGUGGAAAGAAGCAAGACUUUAUAGCAAUUGAGCUAGUCAAUGGCCAUAUACACUGUGUGUUCAAUCUUGGGGAUAACGUCGUGACCAUGAAGGAUAAAUUGAAGAAUUUCCUGAACGAUAACAGAUGGCAUACAGUGUCAGUUAGAAGGCCGACGCCGAAAAUGCAUACGCUGCAAGUAGAUGAUGAUAUAGAAAUGCAUACUACAAGUUCAAACCUAAUGUUAGAGCUAGACAGCGUCCUAUACGUAGGUGGAGUUCCUAAGGACAUGUACUCCUCGCUACCGGUAGGAGUGCUGUCUCGUCAAGGCUUCGAAGGCUGCAUGUCCAGCCUGGAUCUGCCUGGGGAAUCUCCGUCGUUGAUGGAAGAUGCAGUUGUUCCUAGUUCAUCACUGGUGUCGGGCUGUGAAGGACCCACAAAGUGCACACAUAACGCAUGCGCCAAUAAAGGAGUCUGUGUUCAACAGUGGAAAACCUACGUCUGCGACUGUGAUCUUACUUCGUUCACUGGACCAACUUGUUACGAUGAGUCGAUAGCGUACGAGUUCGGCCCCGGGCGAGGGAUCCUAACGUACACAUUUCCGCCAAGUGCUGUUGCUGACACCGAGACCGACCGCGUGGCGCUCGGCUUCGUGACGAGCAAAGCCGACGCUGUACUGCUGAGGAUAGACUCUUCAAAUACUCAGGAUUAUAUGCAAAUGGAAAUCAUCCGCGGCAAUCUUUUUAUGGUGUACAACGUCGGCGGCGGCGACCAUCCGCUAGGAGAUGAGACGGCGAGGGUCGAUGAUGGUGCAUACCACGUGGCUAGGUUCACGAGGAACGGGAGUAGAGCUGCCCUGCAGAUUGAUAACUAUGCGGUUAACAUCAGGCAUCCACAAGGCGGCCAACAAUCAACAAUAUUCAACAGCAUGUCGUCCAUCACCGUCGGCGGCGGCGCGGGCGGCGCGCGCACGUUCAGCGGCGUUGUAGCCGGACUCGCUGUUGACGGCGUGCGGGUGCUGGACCUCGCCGCCGCUGGAGAUGCCGCCGUGUCCGUCAGGGGAGAUGCUAGGAGAGCCACAUCGCCGCUGGAUAAAGGCUGGAUCAAUGGAAUGCAACAAACACCACCAUCAGGCUACGGCGGUCCAGGAGUGCUAGACGAGCUGGUCUACUCCGUUGCUGGGUCUGGAUGUAGAGAUGAUGAUGAAGAUGCAUGUGUGCUGCCUGAUGCUGGGAGCGGGGAUGACCUGAUCACGCCGGUUUACGUACCUUCUACAAGAAGACCACCGUCCAGGGUGUAUAAGGGUGACACGAGCGGAAAGCUUAUGAAGCCGUGUGAUGACGAGGAUUGUAUCGAAGGCUCAGGGUCUAAUGGAGAGGAGAUAACGGAACCAGAACACCCCAUGACCACUAACGGCGCCUCAAGUACCCAUGGUAUGACAUCACCCACUGCCGCCAUCUCCACCGAACACGCCAAGACUCUGGAAGGUUCCACGGACGGUUCUACUGAUGCCACCCACGGCUCAACACGCUCUAGCCAAGGAACCACGCCACCUGAUCAUGGAAACAUGCACGCUGGGACAGUAGAGGCUACAACGCCUGAGAAGACUACUCCCACUGACGAUCACACUGCCGCCCACUUCACUCCAUCCCUGCCCGACCAGCACACGCCCGACGACACGAGGCCCACGACGCAGGAGGAGCCGCUCCCCGAGUACCCGGACCCCAACGAGAACGACGUCGACUCCCGGACGCCGACGCACGGAGCCGAAGAGAGGAACGAGUAUAAUGGGUACGAGCAUGAGGCGACGACGAAGUGGUAUCUGCCGAAGACGACGGAUCCGGGGAGGAUUGUGACGCCCGAGUCGGAGUUCUUUGCCACUAUUGUUGGCAUAGUGGCAUCCGUGCUGAUAGCAAUCAUCCUAAUAGUGAUAAUAGUAUUGAAAUACAUCGUGUAUCCACUGGACCCGUCGUACAAGGUCACUGAGGAUAAGAGCUACCAGCAAGGAGCCAGCGCUGCGUUGCUAGGCAACCAGGCUCACUCGAGUUACCAGAGCGGAGCGAGCGCCCCCCUGGGCGGCGCCGCUCGGAACCUGCAGCCGCUGCCGCUGCACAGGAACGGCGCGCCGCUCGCCCCGCUGCCCCCGCAGCCCGUCAAGCGGGACGGCAUCAAGGAGUGGUACGUCUAGACGUCCAGGGCCGGAGCCGGGCGUGCGGUGUCAGUGUUCAAUGAAUGCGAACAUGAGACUCCCCUAGCGUCUUUUGAGCGUCGGAUUCUAGUCCGUGCUAUGGAAAAUGGUGUUGCUGCGCAGUUGCGCCAACAUUGCGUCGAGCUGUAGCCAUAUAGUGGACUAGUCGCCGACGCUCGGGAAACGGGGUCUUAAAUGCGAGAGGUCACGAAACGCACGCGCUAAUCGUGGACGCCAAACGCUACUUUUGUUUUUACUAAUGUACGGUGGUCGGCGUCAGCGUUGGGUGUACGUUUCGUGGCCAAGACGCAUGCCGCUCAAAACACUUGAAAGCUUGUUAGUUGACGCAAACACACGCCGAACGCCCCACCGAACGCCGAUGGACCCAACCGAAAGCGUACUUUGAGCGAGACUUUAUUCGAAGCGACUCUAAAAUGUGAGGAAGGGGGUAAUGUUAAAACUAAUGUUUUUGAUUAAUUCUCAAUAGUCUGGUAAACUAAUUUGUAUAAAAAACAUCGCGAAAUAUAAAAACUAUGGAAUUCAGGCCCAGUGAGCACUUUUCAAAUCUGCCGCCUUUAUUACUGAUGAAAUUGAUUUGCCAGAUUAAAAACGAUAAUUAACAUUUUUUUAUUGACCUUGUGUCUUUUAUGUUUAAAUCUAAACUGCACAAAACCAAAGAGUUAUCAAUAUUCAUUAUGUAUUGCAAUAAACAUACGAAUAUAUCGUUAUGUUAUAAAGAAAGAAAGAUUUACGUCUCCUGGAGAUAAUAACUAAAGACAGAAAACCUAUCAUAUAUAUUGGACGUCUUAGUUUCAUUGUUUCUGCUCUUGACUCAAAUUUUAGAAUUGCUUAGAAUUCCACCGACCACCAUUGUGUUUGUGAUAUGCUCUGGACAUAUCAAAUAUCGUAGACUAGAGGUAUGAAUGUACUCGUAUCACGAAUCCCGUAGUUGCUUCGAUCCUCAACCUCGCAGGGAACGUUCAUGAAAGGAAACAAGAUAAUGAAUAUAAUGAUAAUGAAUAAGUUGCUUUAAUGCAUAAGAAGAUAUACUAAGAUGAAGUACUGACUGAUACGCAAGUGUUUAGUAUUGUAAAUAUUAAUUACUGUAAUGUUUAGUCACUUGUGCGAUCUAAUGUGCAAUUUUUAAGAUCAAUAUGUGAAAGUUAAGUCUAGUUUAAAAUGGAAUUGCAUUUACAAGGUUGACGUUGGUGUUUUGUUUAAGUUUUGUAGUGUUUCUGUUAUACUGUUAUUUGUUACUACUUCAAUUUUUUUGUACUCUUAGCUUAUCUAUAUACUGUUUUCGUGAAAUAACUUUUCUAUCAAAAUUGCCUUCAGUAAUAUUAAUUACAUCUAAGGAUAAAGUAAAUCGCUUGAAUGACAAAACAUCAAAACCAAAUUGUUAUUUUAAUACAAUCGUAAAGAUAGUGCACGUUAAGUAGGGGAGCAUAAUUUGUUUAAUGUUGACGAUUAAGAACUAUGCUACAUUAAAAAAGAGCUAUUUUAGUAGCUUAAAAUCAGUGUAUCUUAUAAGCAUCAUACUUAUAUGAGCAAUAAAGGUGGAAUUAGACAUUAUUAUGCUGCUCUUUGAAUUCAAGCGAAAUCAAUAUAACGAUAACUUUGGCUGCCAUCAUGAAAAAGAAGCAUAUCGAUCAAAUGAAGACUACCGUACUUUAAAAUUUCAAUAUCUCUUUCCUAUAUUAUUAGAUCUUGUACACUUUUAUUAAUAGGUGAGACGCGGCGUUAGAAGAUUAGAGAAGGAAUCAUAAUCACUCAAGUUUAAGGUCGAAACUCGCUUGAUAGACGCUCCGAAGGGUGUUGUAAUAUACGUAGAACGCGUAAAGAUAACAAUCGAGUAUGAGCUUGUAGAUUUGAUAUGGAAAGUAGAAAGACAUCUUCUGUUUCACAUUGCCAAUUUCUUUUAAUUGCUCAACCUGCAACUGUCCCCUUAGACUAAUAGGCCUAAUUAAAAAAUGAUAGAGAAAUUUACAACACGUUGCAAAUGUUCGGUUUGGAUUUAUUAAAAGCUUUAAAUAUAAUAAUAUAAAUGAAAGUUGCGAGUGACUUUCAAAUAUGUAUAAUUAUAUAACUUGCCAUUACACAAGGCGCUUCUAUAAUAUUUCUCUUGCAGUUUCAAAACUCAGUGCAUGUUUCAAAGAUUGUUAGUGAGUAUCUCAGGUGGCGUGCCACAAGGAGCUAUCUUCGGUCCUCUAGAAAUCUAUUAUAUUGCAUGCAGUUUCCUCUUCAAGUCGUUAUAAAAAAAAUUGCUUAUAUUUUUACAACUAGAGUGUACAUCCACCGUCCCAUUUCCUCUUUCCGAUUAUAUAAAAAAAAACUUGAAUUAGCUUUAAAUUAAGACGAAAAACAUAUUUAUAUAGAUUGUUAUGAAGCACAGGUUCUAGGUCUUUGAAAUUGCAUUUAUUGUAAAUAGUUAAUGAUUAUGAUAUUGUAAUUAAUGAAUUUAAGCGGUACUGUACGGUAUGAUUAUCACACUCGUUUUACGGCACAAAAUGUUAGUAACAACAAUUUGUUUGUCUGUCAAUUUUAGUGUAAAAUUUAAAGGUUAAUAUGGUUGAUGAUUUGUACCGGGAUAUUAAGGAUUAUUGAUGCAAUUUUCUUAUAAGACACGACAUGUUAUAUUAGCUUUGUAUUUAUCAGAAUUAAUUGAAGUGCCUCAAUACUUAACCGUUAUUGAAGCUCGUCAUCAGCAUUUUUAUUAACAGCUCUAUUUACCUCUUUGUUGGCAUUUUAAUAAAUACGCAUUUUAGUGUAAGUAACUUUAUUUCUAUUUAUAAGAAUAGUUUUUAUAACCUCGACCGUGACUGUGUUUUAAGAAAAUUGCUGUGUUUUUAUUAUGUUUGUUAUUCACCUCAAGUUGUUGUAACUCGACUUUGGUCGGACCAAGUUUUGUUUUAAAUGUACAAGUGACAGAAUUUGAAAUAAUACCAUGUAAAUUACAUAA